AUGAAAGAUAAUUUCUUUGCCAAUUCUGAAAGAAGAAGAAAAUCUGGUGAUAAAGCCCAAGAAGACUGUGAAGAAUUAGCCAAAUUUUUCAAUGCUACUGCCAGUAUAUCUGAUGAUGUAGAACAAAUCAAAUUAGCGGCUAAUGAGCAAAGGCAAGCAAAAGAAGUGCAAAAUCUAGAACCUAAACACCAAAAAGAAUUAUUGAAAUUAGAAACCGAAGCAAAGCAAGCGGAGAAUGAAUAUAAAGAAAACAAAGACAAGGCUGACCAAGAAACGGACCCAGAUAAAAAGGCUCAGUUUAUGUAUUUAGCCAACAAAGCAGCAAGGAAAGCCGAAGACAUUAAGAGAAGAGUAAAGGCAAAUCCCUUAGCAGAUUUAAGUAGGUUCAGUAAUUUAGAUGAUUUAGAAAUACUGUUAGGAGGAAAUGUUCCCAAGAACCCUCCCAAACCUAAAGUAAGUCUAACUGGAAGUGGCAGCGGAAGCACUUCUAUUCCAAACCCUUUAGAAGACCCCAAAAGUUUUUUUGAACAAUACCGAACUGAAAUAUUUGUCGCAAUAGCACUGGUAGGGAUACUCCUUUUUGUUUAUACUCAAAAAGAUACCGAAAAUGAAGAAGAUAAGAAAUUUAUGCAACAAAUGAUACUGAUGAAAAAGAUGAAGAGGGGGAAUAAUGAAGAAUAA